ACGCAGACGCUGCCGGCGCCGGAGCGCGAGGGCUACGCCAAGAUGGCGCACCACCUUUCGAUGUGGCUGCUGGUGGCAUGCCCGGUGAUAGCGCUGCUGCCGCCGCGCAAGCUGGACGUGUACACGACGGGGCUCGGGGUGAUGACGCUGGUGUCGGCGGAGCAUCUGAUGCGCGAGCGCACGGGGGGCACGCUGCUGCAGCGCGUGGGGCGGAACUUCGACACCGCCUUGACGUCGUCGUCCGACCUGCUGCCGACGGAGCGGGCACGCCAGGUGCACGAGGUGCAGCGGCGCGCCAAGGAGGAGCGCGAGGCCUUGCUGCGGGCCGAUGGCAGCAACAGCGAGCGCAACGCGCUGCAGCGGGCGUGGAUGGGCGGCGAGACGGAGGGGUGGAAGGAACGGAGGCUCAAGGAGGAGCGCGAGGCGAUUGAGGAGGGCAGGGGCUAUGGCAGUCUGAUCAUGGAGCAGAUCUGGGAGGUGUGGAACGGGGGCAAGGCCAACGCGGAGAAGGUCGAGGAUCGCGACCUGCAGCGCGAGGUGCAGCGACGCGUCGAUGAGGCGGAGAGGAAGAGCUAGGUUGAUUCGUUGGUUGGAUUGCGCUGCGCUGCGCUGCGCUGCGCUGCGCUGGCGGGCCGCGGGCAGACCGCCAUGGCCGGACGAGCCGACGACGACAGCCGCGGCCUUGGUCAGCUUGGUCAGGCGCCGCGCUGCGCAGUGCGCUAUUGUACGAUAGCCUGACAGCACGACGUU